AUGUCUCGAAUACUUCUGCCCCUACUAAUUUUCCUCUGCACAGCAUUUCACACCGACGCAGCUGGUCAGGGUUUAGUCUCACCACAAACAGCGUGUAGAAUACGGUAGGGUCUUGAACGGAACUCAAAUCCACAGUAAUCCUGGAAUUUGUAGAUGUGAGAAUGGUGGAAUGUGUGUUUUCAAUUUGGAUAAUCCCAAUCAACAUUCGUGUAUUUGUUUGCUCGGGGUUUUCACGGGAGAUCGAUGUCAAUUUAAAGGUAGAUCAAAACUUUUUUCUACAGUAACCAUAUUUUUUUAUUUACAGUAGUCUCGGCUGAUGACGUCACCACAACUCAAGUUCCAACCACAGUCAUGCAUUAUGAGAAACAGUUAGAGAUGCAGCAGCAGAAUCAGAGAGAACAGGAAGAGAAGAGACGCAGAGAGGAGCAUGAACGAUAUUGGAGAGAGGUGAGAGACGCAGAGUUUUUUUGAUCUACCGCUCACCAAAAAAAAUUACACCAAUAAAUAAAUCAAUAAACCCACCAAAAUUUAUUAGCGGUUUAUGAACAACUGUUCCAGGAAAACGAACGAAAAGCGCAAGAAGACAUGGCGAGACGCAGACAACAGGAGAGCAACGAGAGAGCACGUCAUGAGGAGACGCGCAGGAAGCACGAGGAAGAGAGAGAGCGACUCAUUGAGGAACGUGAGAGAAUCGAGGCGAUGAGAAAAGAGCAAUAUGAGGCGAGAGUUAGAGAAGCAGAGGAGGAGAGAGUGAAGGAGGCGGAGAGACGUAGACAACAAGAGGAGAUUGAGAAGAAGGCGAUGGAAGUGAAUAGAGAUUGGGAGUAUAGACGUGAGUGAUGAGAGAGGUUAGAGAAAAAAAUAUUUUUUUUUUUUCAGCUGGAACUGAUGAAGAUUAUCAAGUUGCUGAGAAAGAUGAAUAUGAUGAAGGAGAAGUUGCUGAAGAAGGAGAUGAAGCUGAAAAUUAUGAUCACGUGAAUCCACGUCAUGAAAAAGUGCUGAAUACAAUCACCAACACUUUCAAUGAAGCUGUUCAAACCACCACUGAAAAACAUGAGGAGACUAUUCGAGAAACUGAAACUGAAAAUGAGGAAAUUCCAGAAAUUCCGGAGAUUAAUAAAGAAGAAGAGACAACUUUUAAUGGAAUUGUUAACUCGUUUGAAAAAGCUGUGGAUCAUACGAUUAAAGAACAUGAGAGGUUGGUUUUUAACACAAAAAAUUGAAAAAAAAUCGCCACGGGGCGGGAUCGAACCAAUGACAUAAAAUUUCGAAGACGUGAGUGUUAACCACUCGGACAAGCGCGCAUCUUUUUUCUUGCCUGCAAAUGUUUGACAUAUGAAACGAGGAAAAAUGGCGCAACGUGAUUACGCAAUGACGGUGUAUUUUUACACGGCGGUUUUUAAGAAUCCAGUUAAAAAUCCAGCCACCCUAGAAAAAAAGUCCCUAUUUCAAUUUUCAGUGAAAUCAACGAAGAGGACGAUUAUUGGAAUCAUACACCGGAAAAAUCUGAAGAUGAACUUGCGCGAGAUCGAGAAUCUUCGAAAUUAGCGCCUCAUGGUGAGAGCUCUUUUUUAAUUUUCUAUUCUGAGUUACCUUAAAUCACUUUUACAGAAGACGCUGAAGAAUUUGAGCUGGAAAAAGCGUCUGGUGGCUGGAUGAUGGUCUCAAAACCAAAAGUUUCAGCUUCAUCCCAACUUAAUUCCCUAAUUUCAAUUUUAAUUUUCAUUAUUAUGGCUCUUUUUUAA